AUGCAGGCAGGGUGGAGACACCCGACCCGGAGCACAUUAGCUGGUUGGGCCCGGAACGGGAACGGCCAAGCGGGGCGGCUGCGGAUAUCGUUCCGGGCAUUGUCCACUUACACCAUCUCCCUCAUACCAAUUGGAACACAGAGCUUGGUUAUCCUUAGAUCGACGCCCAUCGGGGUUCUGGUUGGAGACUCGGAGCUGUGGGUUUGUGCAAGGCAGAACGAGGAGCGCUGUUCCCAAUACGGGCUAUCUUGCAUUACCGUAUAUGAGCACCUGCUCUCCCAGUCUCAAACUUUCUGA